GCUGUCAAAUAUUGUUGAUGAACUGAAAAUUAUCAAAACAAACGAUUAAUCGCUACUGUAUAAAAACAAAACUAGGCUCCAUUAUUGCGCUUUUCUUAGGGUAAAUACACCGUUCCUAUGUUCGGUAACGUUGGACAAUCCGGUAACCAUGAAUCGGACGACGAAGAGUUCUUUAAACCAGCGCCCAACACUACUGGCAAAUCCACAUUGGCGAAAAUAUUUGGUAUUGGUCCAAAAGUCACCGUGAACAGUAAUAACGAACGGGCAAACGCUCCCGUGGCACCGAAACCGGUCAAGAUCUCGGAUCGGUACGGUCCAUCCAACUUCCGAUACAUUCCUGCCGAACAGGCCGAUGACGAUGAAGCGAUCGAAGAUGCAAGCAAACCUCCGGAAUGGACCAUCGUGCGGGCAUUGGUGGUAACGGCUUACAAGCUCGUUGAUGGUGAUAACGUUUUCUUAGGCAAAUUAGGACUCGCUUUGCUCAACUCCUCCAGCGGCCACAGGUUGCUAUUGUACCGUACGAAAACGGAUGUGCUCGGCACGGUAACAUUAACCCGCGACACAAAGAUACUGCUCAAGCAAGACUACCUACAGUUCCGUGCGGAUGAUUCGAACGAUUUUUGGAGCAUUCUGUUUGAAAGUGAAUUCGACCGUAAGGCGUUGCUUACGGCCAUUGAAUCUUGGUGCUGUGUGGAACGCGAACCGGUGGUGGAGGAACCAUUGUCGGAGGUGGAAAAAGAACCAGAACCUCCGAAGAGUAAGCGAUCCGAGCUUGCAGCCCGCAUGGCACGAAUGGGUGGGCAAGCUAUGCCUUCGAUGCACGAAAAAACUAAAGCACCACCCAUCCCCACGACAGCACCUGGUUCCGAUUCAUCCGAUACGUCCGAUUCAAAGAUUGAAACCAUAACGACGCGAACAACCGCCCGCAGACCUAACCUAAUGUCAACCGUAAGCAUGCAGAUGGUUCCGCUGGCUGGAAUGAUGCCAACGAAUUGCAAUGCAGUGCCGAAUCAAGCGACCGGGGCGACCAUGGCAGACAUGAAUUUCAAUUUGGUGAUGAGUGAAAGCCGCAUGCAAAACACCGAAAUGCGCAUGAACUUGACAAAGCUAGAAUCCAAGCUUGAUCGUGUGCUCGACAAGAUCGAUCUGCUAAGCGUGCACGGUGCAGGUGACCGGUCAUCAUCGUCAGUUGCCGCCGACAAGGAUGCGGAAGUACUGGAACUGGAGGAAAAACUGCUCGAGCUGAAACGUGCGAACCAUGCAUUGAAAAGCAAAGUGCGCACAUUGGAGACAGCCGACAGAGAUGGUAAACGUGAGGCAGAGGCACUGAUGGAAGGGAAGCUACGAACGCUAGAAGAAUCGGAACGACGCCUCAAGGAAAGUGUGCUUAGUUUGGAACUUAGGCUGGAGGCAUGCCGUUCGGAAAUAGGACAGCAAAAGGAGAAGCUCGCCGGGCUGGAAACCCAACUCGUAGAGGAAAAACAUUCCGUUGAAAGUAAGACCAAAGAAAUGAAAGCAACACUGCAGCAACUGGAAGAAGCCCAACGUGAGCGGAAUCGCCUAAACGAACAAAUUGAACUGGGAGAUCGUCGAUUGGAAGAGCUUCAAGCGCAGCUGGCACAGCUGCAAAAGGAAUGUAACGAGCUCAAGGAGGCGAACCAACGCCAACGUCCGUCAGUGGCUGGCAACGCUACCUUGGUGAAAGACAUCAUGAACGGAUGCUUCCAACAGCUAUGCGGUCAGAUAACCGACCCGCAGGUGUUGAAGAUCAUUGCCCAAACGAUCAAGCGCGAAACCAAAGCGGCAUUGGAGCGAGAAGGUGAACAGUAGAGGUGUAAAACUAUCCACAGAAAGUUAUUCUAAAAAAAAGUCCUCAAAUAUAUACCGUCGAACAUUGGAAAACUUAUA